AUGCUAAAGACAUUCAAUAAUAAGAACAACUUAGUGCAGUUGAUCACAAGAUGUGUACAACCACAACUUGGUAGACAUCAUUAUUCGACAAAUACAGGAGAUGAGAACAACAAACCAAAGACAAAGACUGCGAUAUUGAUGCUUAAUCUGGGUGGACCACAGACAUUGAAUGAUGUUGAACCAUUCUUGACAAGAUUGUUCACUGAUCGUGAUAUAAUCAAACUACCAUUCCAAGAGACUGUUGGUAGAUUGAUUGCAAAGAGACGAUCACCUGCUGUACAGAAGCUUUAUCAAUCUAUUGGCGGUGGUAGUCCGAUUGGCAAGUGGACAGAGAUACAGGGCAAGGCGUUGUCUCAACGUCUCGACCAGCUGUCGCCACAGUCUGCACCACACAAGUGUUACAUUGGCUUCCGCUACGCAUCGCCACUCGUCGACGAUGCCAUCCAGCAGAUGACAAAGGAUGGUGUGACCAGGGCCGUGGCCUUCUCUCAGUAUCCUCAGUUCAGUUGCACCACCACUGGCUCCAGUUUGAACAACCUCUGGAAGUCACUCGAGACCAAAGGUCUAGAGUCCAAGUUUGAUUGGUCCAUCAUUGAUAGAUGGCCAUUGCACGAGGGCUUUGUCUCAACUGUUGCCUCAAAGAUCCAACAGGCCUUGACACACUUUGCCAAUGAAGCCAAGCGACUCAAUCUAAUUGGUGAGGCUGCCCAGCCAGUCCUCCUAUUCAGCGCACACUCACUGCCAAUGCGAACUGUUGAGCGAGGCGACCCAUAUCCAACAGAGGUGGCGGCGACUGUAUCUGCCGUCGUCCAGACCCUAGGCGAUCAGGUGCCACAACACAUACUUUGCUGGCAGUCAAAGGUUGGUCCACUGCCUUGGCUCGUUCCCAAGACCUCAGACACGGUGGUGCGCCUGGCAAAGGCUGGUCGCAACGUCAUCAUCGUGCCCAUCGCAUUCACAUCCGAUCACAUUGAAACACUGUCCGAGAUUGACAUUGAACUGAAACAUCUGGCUCAUGAGAAUGGAAUGAAAGUGUUCAUGCGCAGCGAGUCCCUGAAUGACGACCCCAAGAUCAUCGAUGCCAUGGCCGACAUUGUCCACCGUCACAUCAGCUCUGGCGAGCAAGUGGCCAACAUCAAGCAGUACAGUCUCAAGUGUCCAGGUUGCAUCGAUGAGACUGGUACCUAUUGUCGAACAAUUCGCAACCCUGUCUCAUGUCAUGCAACCGCAUGA